GACAGGAAACCGGAAAUACACUGGAAAAGCAUCUAAUGCUGCACCGGAACGUAAAGAGUAGACUUGAAAAGUAAUUCAAAACAGAAAUGGAAGAAGCAGAAACCUUGCUGAGUUUACAGAUGUUACAGGAAGCCAGGGAAGCAGUAAAGCAGAGUACUUUGCAAGUUAUUGAAACUCCUGUGAUCCAUCUGCCUCAUGGGGCAGUUCCAAUGAAAAUCAACUGCGAUCUGUAUCUUAAGCUUGAAAACAUGCAAACAACAGGUUCAUUCAAGAUCAGAGGAGUAGCAAAUCAGUUUUCCAAAAGAGAAACUGGGCACUUCAUUACAAUGUCAGCAGGAAAUUACGGGAAAGCCUUUGCUUAUGCUUUGAACCAUUUUGGGCUUCGAGGAAAAGUACUAAUGCCAGACACAGCACCAGCAUCAAGGGCUGCCCUGAUUGCUAGUUAUGGUGUAGAAGUUGAACAGAUGCCAACCAAGUUAUUAUUGCCUGUUGUGGAACAAUUUGUUAAGGAUCAGAAAAUGAGUUUCUUACACCCUUUUGAUGACAUGGAUUUGAUUGCUGGCCAUGGAAGUGUUGGUCUAGAAAUUCUUGAAGAAAUCCCAUAUCCUGAUGUUGUGGUAGUUUCUUGUGGAGGUGGUGGCUUGCUUGCAGGCGUGGCUGCUGCCAUCAAACUAUCUGGCUGUACAACCACAAAUGUAUAUGGAGUGGAACCAAGAGGAGCUUGUACCAUGUACAGAAGUUUUAAUGAAAAUAAACCAGUAUUUAUGGAUGCAAACAGCAUUGCCACAGGGCUUGCUCCUCCAUUUGCAGGUUCAAAAUCAUUCCAGAUUUGCAGACAACAUGUGAAAGAAAUCCUAUUGGUAUCAGAUGAUGAAAUAAAAGCAGCAGUUUCCAUGCUUUACAAAAUUGGUCUGGUUGUGGAACCCUCAGGAGCAGCUGCUUUUGCUGCUAUUGUAGGAGAGAAGAUCAGACUUAAAGGAAAGACUGCAGUGGUCAUAAUAACUGGAGGAAACAUCAGUCCUGAAGAGCUUUGUCAUAUUGUUCAUUAAUGGAAAAAAAAAUUGUCACACGAUUACAAUGAAAACUAGGUAAACAACAACAGAUCUAAAAUUUAUACAUAAAUGGACUAGAGAAUCAUGAUAUGUCAUAUUGAGUUCAGUAAAUAGUUAAAUUGAAACAUUUGAGUUUUGUUCUCCAAUGGCUGUAGUGGAAAAAUACAAGAACCACACUAGUUUGUAAUUUUGUUUCGCCCAACCACCUCCCCACCCUUUUUAAAAAAAAGCAUGUAACUCAUCUUUUAUAAUUUAAUCUAGUCCGUUAAAUGUCCUACAAUACUUGUAUUUUAACACAAGAUAGUAAUCAAAUAUAGCCUGUAUAAAAUAUUGACUUCUGCGACUUUGUCCGAUUAUUUGAAUUCACCAAAAAAAGUGAGCAACAUUGUACAAAAUCCCCUGAAAGUUUCUUUGGAACAAUUUUUAGCAAAUUGGUACCUUAGAACUGAACUCUGGUUUUGUUGUUACAGCUUUGACUGUUGAAAUAGUUUAAAAAACAAACUUGCACAGCAAAUGGGAAGGGGCAUCAAUUCUGAAAAGAGUACACAUUGACAUUUCAAAUUUUUCCUCUUUAUUCAUUUAAUUAGCCUUUCAAUUAUUAAAAUAAAUCAAAGUAAAUCUACCAGGAAAACAUGACUUUAAUGAUGGCAUUUACAUUUUAAUAUUAAUUGUGGUCCAAAAGACAUUUUUAGUAAUCCAGAAGAACAAAAUGUCAGACAUUAUUUCAGUUCAUCCAUGGACUUUAGAGAAAGUGGGAAAGUGUAGACUUAUAGUAAAAGUAAAUAAACAAUAAGAACAAAACAGUUUGAACAAGAUUAAAACAAUCUUAUGACAGUAUAGAGAUGUAGCUAUUAACAAUUAAAAAGACACCUUUAAAACUUCAGUAAAGGAGAGUCCAAAUUCACAUUUUCCUUAUUGGCAGGGCUCAACAUAAUCAGCGGAGAGUUGAAAUCUAUAAGCUGAAAUUGAAAUGGUUUUACUUUUAACAAAAUAUACAAUCAACAUAGAAUCUUAGAGCACAAAAUGAAGCUGUUCAGCCUGUAACAAAUCUCAGGAAGAACCAUCCAAGUGAAUCCUUUUCCCUGUAAUCCUGCAAAUAGUAUUUAAAUACGUCUAGUUGCUAUUUGAAAGCUCCUAGGAAUUAAAAUCCACCAUUUCCUUCAGGUAUCGUGUUCCAGAACACAACUAUCUUUGUGGGGAAGGGAGAGGAGACCCCAAUUUUUCCUGUAAUUUAAACCGGAGACUUUUAUUUAUGCAAGAGGAAGUAGUGUUUCUACUUGUUUUAAUCAACAACCUCUCAAAACUUUGGAUACUUUAAAAUCAUUGUCACCAAUGAGAACAAUCACAGGCUCCUUGAUACAAGAAUGGGAAAUCCACACUAUUUUCUCCAAGAGCUAAAUAUUGCUCCCAAAAUGUGGUGUACAGAGUUGAACACAAGGCUGCUGAGGCUCAACCAGUGGGCCUCCCAUCGACAAAGUUAUGUAUCCCACAUAAAUUGAUUAGAAUUAUCAGAUCACACUUCAAAAAGUGUACUAAAAACAAGAGUAUAGCCCCAGGCCCUUUUGAUCUUCAAACCUUUUAAAAAUCUGCCCAUGCCAAAUUGCUGUUUACAAUGUUGCCAAGCUUAAUGUCAUGGUACUCUUCAGACUCAAGUCCAGGCUAUCUUAAACAAAAGUAAUGGUCAUGACGCAGAUUUCUGGCAAAUCCAGCAUCGAUUUCUCUCUGGUGGAAAAACAAAAUCUGUUCACCAUAUGCUCUGCCACUUAUCCUUUAGUGAAUUAUGUAUUGGAGGUUACCAUUCGUUAUCCCUUUAAUCCCCAAUGCCGUGGUUUUGAAAAGUUGAACUUUGUUCUACUAUAUCAAAUCUUCCUAAACACUGUAAAUAUAUCCACAACAUUAUAUUACCCAAUCCUGUUGUUAGAUCAUUCGGACAAAAGCUACUUAAAUGAAUGUUGGCAGUGACUCAUUCACCCAUAUUUCUCUAAGUGUCAAUUUUGUCCUUGAUGGUGGCCUCUAGCAGCUGUCAUACUAAAGACAAUGGAUUGGCCAUCUCGUAGUUACCAGGUUAUUCUUUUUGAUUUGGGUGUUAGAUUUGCAAGCCUGUAGUUAUUUGGGAGUUCCAUACACGGAAGAUUAAACAGUGGUGAAUGGAGUCUCUGCUAUUCCAUCUUUGCUUCCCUUAACAUCAUAUGGUGCAAUCCAUCUGGAUAAGAUAACUUGUUAACUUAAGUGAUACAAACUUGUUCAUCACCUCUUUUCUAUCAAUUGCUAUUCUGAUUAAUGUCCUUUUUUGCCUCCUGUACUACAUUAACUUCAUCCUAUGUGAAGACAGAUGAUCAGUACCUUAGUUAUAUCCUCUGCCUCCACAAGAUUUCAAUCCUCAUCAUGUUGUAAGACAACUGCUUUCUUUUCCAAUAUUAAUGGCAAGAUUGCACAUGCAGGGCACAGAUUUCGAGAUUCACAGAUAAUGCAAAAUUUGACAGAAUUGUAAAUAAGGUGUAUAGUGACGGCCAUGCUGAUGAAAUGAACAUAUAUAUGGCAGCUGAAAUUUAACACACAGAAGUGUGUAGUUGUACAUUGAGAGUAGGAAGAAUAAGGAUAGGCAAUAUAAAAUGAAGGACAUCGUUCUAAGAGUGGGU